CCAUCACUGCAUAUCUCUCUUUCUCAACAAAAACAAACACAAUACAACCCUCUCUAUCUUCUUCUCUCUCCCAAGGGAUCCCACCCUUGUAACAAAGACAUAUCAUUUCUCUCUUUAUCUAUCUCUCUUUCUCCACCCAACCUUGCAUAUAAAUACAUCACAAGGGCAAGCAAAAACCAAAACCAUAAAACAAAAGAAAAAAGAUGGCAACAACAAAAGCUGUAAUACUGCUCUUGGUGGUAGCAGUGGUGUUGUUAAACCUCCUGAUUACUCAUGCCACCACCAUAUCUGCUUCUACACUAGAUUCUCAUCCAGAUUUUCAGCUCUUGAAUGUGCAAGAAACAAUAGACAGCACAAAACUCCAUCCAGCUGCUGCAGUGGUAACAGAUAAUUAUCAAGAGUUGUCAACAAAUAAGAAAGAAAUGAAAACUAAAAAGAAGAAUAAGUGGAAGCUAAAGUUACUUCAUCGAGAUGUGAUUCCAGUCGGAAAAAAUCAUUCUGAUCAUAAAACCCGCUUUCAUGAACGCAUGGAACGAGAUAUUAUUCGUGUUGAGAGCUUGAACCGUAGAUUUUCAAGUGGUGGUGGAUCUACCAGUUAUGGUGGUGGUGCAUAUAGUUAUCAUGUGGAGGAUUUCGGGUCCGAUGUUGUUUCGGGUAUGGAUCAAGGUAGUGGAGAGUAUUUUGUGAGAAUUGGUGUCGGAAGUCCUCCAAGGAAUCAAUACAUGGUGAUCGAUUCUGGUAGUGAUAUUGUGUGGGUACAAUGUCAGCCUUGUUCCCAGUGUUAUCGCCAAUCAGACCCAGUCUUUGACCCUUCUAGUUCUGCUUCAUUUGCUGGAGUUUCAUGUGCUUCUUCUGUAUGUGGACGGUUGGAGAAUGCAGGGUGUCAUGCCGGACGAUGCCGUUACGAAGUUUCAUAUGGUGAUGGGUCGUACACAAAAGGAACCCUGGCUCUUGAAACACUUACGUUUGGACGAACUAUUGUUCGAAACGUCGCAAUUGGAUGUGGUCACCGAAACCGUGGGAUGUUCGUCGGUGCGGCAGGUUUACUAGGCCUUGGUGGAGGUUCUAUGUCAUUUAUCGGGCAGCUUGGUGGUCAAACUGGAGGAGCUUUUGGUUAUUGCCUAGUAAGUCGAGGCUCCGGUGCUGAUGGGUCCAUGGUUUUCGGGCGCCGGGCUAUACCCUCUGGAGCAGUAUGGGUCCCGCUUAUUCGUAACCCUCGCGCCCCUAGCUUCUACUUUGUAGGCCUAGCUGGCCUUGGGGUAGGUGGCGCCCGAAUUCCGGUAUCACAAAAUGUUUUCCAACUUUCAGAUUCGGAGUAUGGAGGUGUGAUCAUGGAUACAGGUACAGCCGUUACUAGGCUCCCAACGGCAGCUUAUAUGGCGUUGCGCGACUCAUUUAUCGCCGCCACUGCAAACCUACCUCUGGCCUCUCGAGUAUCCCUUUUUGAUACAUGUUACAAUCUUAAUGAUUUUGCUGUGGUAAGAGUUCCAACUGUGUCGUUUUACUUCACGAGUGGUCCGGUACUAACACUGCCAGCCAGGAAUUUCCUGAUUCCAGUGGAUAAUAUGGGGACAUUUUGCUUUGCUUUUGCUCCUACUUCUGGGCCUGGUAUAAUUGGUAACAUCCAACAAGAAGGCAUUCAGAUUUCGGUUGAUGCGGCAAACGGUUUUCUCGGUUUCGGACCUAAUACUUGCUAAAACCUUAAAGAAAUUAUUAUGCAUCAGCUCCAGAAUAUGUGAAUUUUGUAAGAUUAGCUUUUGGUUAUCGCAGUAUGUAGUCAUUUUCAGCAGUAGUGGUUCAUGCAAUGAGAAUAGUACCUUAAAGUAUGCAAUAGUAAUGAUUUUAAUUAAAGUAAUUAAGUUCUGCUGGUAUUUGAUUAUUAGUAGUGAAAAUGUAAAUAUUGGUAUCUGCUACUGUAUUAUAUUUGAAUGAAGUUACUGCUUGCCUUUGUUUUGUCA